CUGAUAUAGAGUUCCCAUGGAAACUGGAGGGCGACUGAACGGAUUCUCGAAUGUUUCCCGCUUCCCAAUGUAGAUCUGAACCAUUUGAGUUCCGCUUAGUAAUUCAAGCAAAAGUUUGACUCAGAAGGUACAGGCAGCCACUCUUCUAUCCUGUAAAUCGGUAUGAAAGGCUUUUAUUUAAUAAAAUAGUUCAUACACCGGGGCGGGUUUUACAGGUGGACCUUUUCUUUGAGCUAGCCUGCAUCAGAAUGACCCAGCAAGGAGCUGCGCUACAAACCUACAACAAUGAACUUGUCAAGUGUAUAGAGGAGCUGUGCUCUAAAAGAGAAGAUCUGAACAGGCUGAUACAGCAGGAGGAAGCCGAGAAAGCUCGUCUGCAGCAUGACAUCUGCAUGCUGACAGAGAAGUUGAGUCGUGUGAACGAGAGCCUGGCACGCCGUCUCAGUGCCCGUGCUGAAUUUGACCGCACCAUCGCUGAGACAGAGGCUGCAUACAUGAAGAUUCUUGAAAGUUCUCAGACACUUUUGAGUGUUUUGAAGAAGGAGACAGGGAAUCUGACCAAAGCCACUGAGCCAAGAAGCAGCAAAGAUCAUUAAAUAAUGCUGAAUGUUCUCAUCAUCUGCCUGUACUCUUUUCCUACAUUCUUUUACUUUUUCCACUUUUAUCUUAACCAGCAUUCCACCUUGUAAUCACCACACAUCAACAUCAGAAUUUAAUGUUUCAUUCCUAUCAGGAAACCCUGCAUGUAAAGUGUAUAGAUUUGUAAUAAUGUUUUGAUAUGAAUUAGUGUUUAAUAUGACACUUUUAUUUAAAUGAAAUGUUUUAAUAAAGACAACUUGUGAAUUUAUUU